AUGCCGGAUAUGUCUAGUAUAUCCCAUUAUCCCUUAAAGGUGAUAUUUGCAAUUCAUUUAGUCCUAGUAACAUGGGGCAUUCAGGGACAAUGGUGUCCAAAAUCUGUAAUGUUUUACAAUUUCCUUUUCUUCGUCUGCUUAUUGUGGGCUAUUCAUAAUAUUGAAUCAGAUGAACCUCUACAAUUUUUUUUAACAUUAGCAGUCUAUUUUCCAACAACGUAUGCAUCUGAGAAGUUUAGUGCAGCGAUUAUGAUCUUAAACAUGAUUGCUCGCAUCAUCACAAGCAUAUAUCUUCUACGAAUAGGCCAAGCAAGAGGUGGAUGUUUAGCCACAAUGUUCACUACAAAUCCUGCAAUGGGCUUUGGUCGACAGGAUUACGAGGACAUAUCUCAUCCGAUUCCACAAAAUUCCGAUUUUGCUGGAGUUUAA